GUCGGCACCCCCAUUUGCCUCGAAAGGGAUGAGAUCGACCUUGGCCGAGACUGUGCCUUACUGGUUGGAGUAAGUCAUCAGAUGGGUUGACUGAGCUUACUGGUGCGAUCGUGAAAAGGCUGGGGUUAUGGUGUGGACACCUGCGGCUUGCACAUGAACAGGAUUAGGAGAGAACACACGUCUUUGCAACGCAGCCUCCACGACUCCGUUCGGUUCUGUUAGAUUGCUACUCGCUUAUCCAUCGCCCGCUCACGCUGCUUUCACGCUCUCGUUGCUCGUCCGGCUUUUUGUUUGUUUUUCUUUUUGACAGUUUGUGCACAGCGAGAAUGAGAUAGUCCAAUUGACGUAUCGGCUUUCGUUCUCUGGAAGUGUCUGGUGCGAACGUGUGUCGCACGACCUGCAUCGCCGUCCAUCCCGUCGUCCAACCCCAUCACCAUAACUUCCGUUCCGCCACAGCUCGGCGCACGCGCAGCGAAGCCGUAGAAGAUGAUGCGCUACCGGCGCUACAGGGCAUUCUUUGUCCUGGCCGCCAUUGCCGUUCUGGCCUUUUACCACUUCGGCAGCCGCUCGCCGCAGGUCGACUACCUGAAGCAACAACUGAACCUGCGGAACCACAAGGCUGACUACUCGACCUCUGCGAACCAACACGCCCAACAGGGAGUCUUAAAAGGCGGGGCUCCACCGCGUGCGCCGAACCCAGCAGACGGAAGCGCCAAGAGCGGGACGUUGGACUUUGUGGGGGACGAUGACGCGGCCGUAGCGGGUAAACUGACACCUCCACCAGUUGGAGAUGUCGAGAAGCCGGUUCAGAAUAUUCCGCCGGAGCAGGGGACGAAGACAAACGGAGGGAAAGAGAAGGGCAGUGCCUGGAAGCCGGCGAAGACGACGAAGGCAGCUCAGCCGCACCCCGGAGAAGGGUCGCGGACGGAGACGACGACACAGAAUGGCAAGGACAUUGACGGUGACAAAGGAAGCGAGGAUGGCGAGCGCGUGCGAGUCAUGCCUCACCCGAUUCCCGCGGACUCGUUCCAGAAGGUACGGCCGCUUCUCGAGCAGGGCGAAGGCCGGUGGGAGGACGACCAGGUGACGCUUGAUACACCGCCGGUGUCCUGGGAGAAGCCCGUCGAGCACUUCCCGAUCGCCGACAAGGACGUAACCCCGCUUCCGAAGGGCAAGCCGAAGCAGUUGCCCAAGAUCCAAGCCUCCUUCUCUUCCGAGUCGGUCGAGCAGAAGAAGGAUCGGUUGGCCAAACAGGAUGUCAUCAAGGAAGCCUUCUUGCAUGCCUGGGGUGGCUACAAGGCGAAGGCGUGGGGCCACGACGAGAUCAAGCCUCUCAGCGGCACGUUUAGAGACCCGUUCAAUGGCUGGGGUGCUACGCUCGUCGACUCGCUCGACCUGAUCUGGAUGAUGGGCCUGAAGGACGAGUUUGAGGCGGCCGUCGACCAGGUGGCCAAGAUCAACUUCAAGACGAGCCGCCGCUCCGACAUCCCAUUGUUCGAGACGACGAUCCGUUAUCUGGGCGGCCUGCUCGGCGCCUACGACGUGUCCGGAGGCCAGUACCGCGUGCUGCUCGACAAGGCGGCCGAGCUGGCCGAGAUCCUCAUCGGCGCCUUCGACACGCCAAACCGCAUGCCGGACUUGUACUACCAAUGGAAGCCGGCGUUCACGUCGCAGUCGCACCGGGCGUCGAAGCGGGUCGUGCUCGCGGAACUUGGGUCGCUGGCGCUCGAGUUCACACGCCUAGCACAGCUGACCAAGGAGCCGAGGUAUUACGACGCCAUCGCGCGCAUCACCGACGCACUCGAAGAGUGGCAGGAUCACACGAGACUGCCGGGCAUGUGGCCGAGCUCGCUGGAUGCAUCCGGGUGCAGCAAGCGUCCUCUCAAGGGGGCAUCGAUAGAGCAAAUCGCCAACGACGGGUCGCUGGAUCUGCUCGAUUCGAAAGGCAAUCCGCUCGAGAAGGCGGGGAAGGACGAGUCGAAGGCGAGCAAGGAAGAACAAAAGGCCGGCCUGGACUCUGCAGGUAUGACGAGCAAGGAGAGCUCAAAGACAACGACCAGCAAUCGCGACGAGGAUGAGCUCGAGGGUGUCGAGGUCAAACAGCUGAUCAAGUCGGGCAAGGCGGCGUCGGAGAAGUCGGGCCCGAAUGUCAACUUGGCAACUACGUCGGACCGCAAGAGCGGAGCGGGUGUCACGAAAGGACAGACCUCCGACUAUGCUGAGCUGUCCGGCAAGGAGGAGACGGGGCCGAAGCUGCCGCCACCGAAGAAACAGGGUGGCAGUGAGGAGGCUGAGUACGUGCCCCUGAAACGACCGGAGCCCGUCACUUUCAAGAUCGAUGGCGGCAAGAAGGACAAGCGGCAGCUGAAAGCGCCAGACGUGGCCGAUGUCCUCUCCGCUCUACCUGCCAGAGAUGCUGAUUCAUCCACCCCCGAGGAGGACCCGUCCUAUAAGCGCAAGGGCGAACCUGUUGCCAACAUCCCCUCUCAGCUUCCGUUCCACAAACAUGACGGAGUGCCUCUUUCGACGCUGGUAGAGGAGGAGGACGAGAUUUGCGUCCCAACGGGUCUGCAGUCUCAAGCCACGUGGGGCACCGACUUGUUUACCCUCGGCAGCCAGGCGGAUUCGACGUACGAGUACCUACCCAAGAUGUACCUGAUGCUCAACGGGCUUGUGCCGAAGUACCGCACCAUGUACGAGAAGGCCAUCGACGCGGCUAAGGAGCAUCUUCUGUUCCGCGUUAUGAUUCCCGACGAGAAGCGCGAGGUCCUCGUCUCGGGCGAAUACGCCGUCACGCACAACGUCGGCGACAGUUCUGAUGGCGGAGUCAAUGUCCACAAGCUACAGAGGACGACGGGCUCGCACUUGACUUGUUUCGUCGGCGGAAUGUUUGGCCUCGGCGGCAAGCUCUUCGGCCGCAAAGACGAUCUUCAGCUCGCGCAGAAGCUGACGGACGGCUGUGUGUGGGCAUACGAGUCGACGGCGACGGGCAUCAUGCCGGAGACGUUCCAUGCUGUCGCGUGCGAUGACCGCAGGGACUGUCCCUGGAACGAGACAAAGUGGUGGGCCGUGCUGGAUCCGGACAUGGGCGAGUGGCGAAACAAGAACUACGAGAGCUCCAUGAAGUACUACUACGCGCAACUGGAGGCACGAGAGAAGGAGAUCCAAGAAAUCAGGGCGAAGAGUGCGACAUCGACAGCCCAUGUCACUGAGGAGACUGCGUUGCCAGAGUCUGGAAGGCUGAGGAGCCACUCGGACAUGGAGAAGAGGCAGCUUAAAGACCCUGACGGAUCUUUCAAUGGCGAUGCCAACGCGCCCCUCAAACCAGCUGCGUCCGCCUACGGCAAAGUCCCGGAGGAGGAUGCGUUCGUGCAGGCAGCACAUGCGCAAGAUGCGUACGAGGAGGCGCAGAUCAAGAAGCAGCUUGAGAUCGCGAAGGGCACGCCUACACAGAGCCGCGAGCCGGAAACGACGUGGGAGCCGCCCACGCUCACGGAGGACGAUCUGCCGCCGAUUCACAGCCCGGAGAAACCGUUGUCGCACGAGGAAUUUGCGAAGACGCUGAUCAAAGAGGACAGACUUCCAGACGGAAUUCAAGCCAUACAUGACAGGCGCUACAUACUCCGGCCCGAAGCCCUCGAGUCGGUCUUCUACAUGCACCGCAUCACGGGCUCGCCGUACUGGCGUCGCGCGGGAUGGAACAUGAUCUCGGCCAUUCUUAAGCACACGCGCACCGAGCUGGCCCACAGCGCAAUCGACGACGUGACGAAGAAGUUCCCCAAGCAGACCGACAGCAUGGAGAGCUUCUGGCUCGCCGAGACGCUCAAGUACGCCUGGCUCCUGUUCGAGGAGGAAGACAAGUGGUCGCUCGACGAGUGGGUCUUCAACACCGAGGCCCAUCCUCUGCGGAGAAUGCCCGCCGACGGCGUCCCGGACGGAGGCGUGGCGAGCAAGGCCGGAGCGGCCGAGGAGGUGAAGAAGACGGCUGAAAAAUCCAAGGAAGGUCGGGUGGUCACGCAUAAGAGCGACGAGGACAUGGAGGCCGAGAUGAGAAACUGGUCGACGUGAUCCCCGAGUCGCGAAGGUAAGCUCGGCAGAGAGCACGAGAAGCAAAAAGAAGAGGAAAAGAAUAGGAAGAAAAAAAAAAAAAAAAAG